AUGGCUUCGCAACCACAAGAGCACGAAAAAGAGAGUGUCAUCGCCUCGUUGGAGUCUCUGGUAGGGUACGACAUCACAUCCAGUGAUUCGGCCUCAUUGAGCGCCCAUCCAGUCGAGAAUAAUGCCAUCACCCCAGGCCACAAGGCCGCCUCUUCUUGGUGGAGGCGCUUCUUCCCCAGUGAUGACACGAUUGAUCGGCUGUUCGCGGAUGAAAAUAUGGGCAAUUACGUCGUCAUUCGAUCUACGGGCCAGGAGAUUUUCGAGGCAAUGCCGCUUUACGUUCGGGUCGGCAUGCACCUCCUCUUCUACCAUUCACGGCAAUCCUCCCUCCUCAGGUGGAGCAGUGUAUCCCACGCGCUCAUAUCUCUCUCUCAGCACCAAGGCAAACUCUACGACGACUCCUCUGACCCCGCCGCAGUUCGAGCGCACAUCGAGUCAUUCGUGCAGACCUACUCCAUCCCCCUCGACGAGCUCGCACAACCAGACUUGGCCAAAUACCCAACGUUCAACUCCUUCUUCACAAGAGCGCUCAAAGACGGGGCAAGACCUAUCGCUCCUCCUCUCGACGACCCGGCCAUCAUAUUAUCCGCAGCAGACUGUCGACUUACCGUCUUCCCCACUGUGGACGAAGCGACGCGCUUUUGGAUCAAGGGCCAGAAGUUUUCCCUCUCAGCAUUACUCGACGACGAGAGCGUGACAGCGCAAAGCCUUUCGGCUGGGGCCAGUCUAGCCAUCUUUCGCCUCGCGCCGGCAGACUACCAUCGUUUCCACUCGCCCGUGGGGCCAUGCACUAGCGGGCCGACGAAGCAUGUCAAGGGAGAACUAUUCACCGUCAACCCCCAAGCCGUAAACCAAGACUUCAACGUCUUCACCGCAAAUAGGCGGGAUAUCCUCCACUCCACCUGGCACGUCACACCGACCAGCAAAAUCCCGUACGCCUUCGUGGCAAUCGGUGCCAUGCUCGUAGGAUCCAUCGGGUGGUCCACCCCCGCCUCCACGCAAGGAUCCACGAGUGUCAGGCGCGGAGACGAGCUGGGAUACUUUGCCUAUGGGGGAAGUACGGUCGUCGUCGUCUUUCCAGCGGGGAGCGUGCAGUGGGAUGAGGAUUUGAGGAAGAACAGUCAGAGAGGGGUGGAAACGAUGGUUAGGGUUGGGGAGAGGAUUGGCAACGCCACCGGUAGAUGA